AUGGAAGAAAGAUAUGACAUUCCUAGUUCAAGUUCAUUUGUAAAUCAUAAUGGCGUUCCUAAACCAAACAUAGAAAAUUUAAAUUUUGUCCAUAGUAAUCAAGCUGAAGAAUUUAUGGAAGAUUUUGAUAAUCCAUCUAAUUUAAUAAGAUUUAAAAAAUUAGUUGAAGACUUUGAAAUAAAACUGCCAGAAAGGAUAUUAAUUAAAGCACUUAAAUUACUUGGUGAUGCUUCUUAUUUUGAAUAUCACUCAGAAAAUAUUAUUCCACAUCUUGAAAUUCAUCUUCGAACUUGGAUGGCAACUUUAGAAAGA